GGUGGAUAGUGUUUCAGAGUCCAUGAACUGAUCAAAUUUUUAUUUGGAAUAAAAACCUAAUGAAACGAAUUAAUUUGUGAAUUUUUGCAACCGUAUCUUCGUAACUAGGUUCUCAGCUUUUCUCCUAUCAUCUGUUCCGUUCAAUCUAUGUAAUCCGCGAAUAAAAAUUUAUAAAUUAACAAAUCUAGUUGGUAGAUCGAGGGCACAUGUCAUGUUUAUAUACAUACUUCGUCUGUGACGACGGAUUCGCAUAAAUCGGUAAUGUCGCAUGUGAUAUGAGAAUGAUAAAGAAAUCAUAGAUGGGCAAAAUAGGAUUGAACGUCGAAUCUAUUAUUUAUCUUGUUUAUGCUAUAGUGAGGUGUACGUAAACUAAUGUAUGUUUAUCCAAUUUUUUACUAUUUACUAUCGUAUAACUAUUAAUGUAUAAGUAUGAGGUGAUUGUACUUAAGGUUAAAUUAAUAGUAGAGCAAUUGGAACUGUUUUUAAUUACGUCUAAAUACACUAAAACGUCUUGACAAAAUGACAUCAUUUUUAACUGACGUAUUGACCACGGCGGGAAGAUUGGAGAAAAUCAAUUUACACGAGAAGAUAUCGGAGAUACAGAAAGAAAUAACGAGAUUGAAAUACGAUGUCAAGGAUUUCAUGAAUGAUAAUUACGUGGAAUUCACGUCGAAGCUUGUAAAAGAUCAGCAUCUAGUAUCCAAGGGAGAGAAACUACUCGAAAAAAUGAACGCAUUGCAGAAGAGAAUAGACGACCAGGUGAAGAUAGAAUUAUGUGGUUCCACAAAGGAAUUGAAAACCCUCUCUCAAGCAUUGAAAGAGUCGAACGUAAUGUUACAGCUUUCUAAUCAACUUUUAACACUGCACGAAUGCAUAAAGUCUGUGAAAAAUUACCAAGAGGGAAAACGAUACAUGAACGCAGCUGAGACGUUGUGCCACAUGCAAGCUAUCCUAUACAAUUCACAAACGGAUUUACGCGAUCUUGAUAUUUAUAUGGCAAUCGAGGAAGAGUACUUAAAUCUUUAUACAUCAUUUUUGUCCGAAACGUCGUCGUUAUUGCACGAACGGAUUUGUUGGACCGGCAUCGACGAAGAGGAUGCAAAGGCUAUAACGUUGACCGUAAAAAACGAAAUGGACGAUACACAAGAUUUAAUUCAGAGUUUAUAUUGUAUCGAUAAUCUUUCGAGUUAUCUCCAUAGUUUCUCAACGACGCUGAUGGAUCACAUAAUCGGCCCCAUCAUCAAUGACAAUUGUUCCGUAUACGUAGUCAACGAGAAAAUCUUCACCGUUGAAGUACUGAACAAAAGCAAACCUCACGGCUAUAAAAGCGUACUUCACAAUCUGGAAUUAUUGUUCAAAUUCCUUCAUCAACAUUUUCAGUUUACAGUGCACGAUGACGAAACAUUCCUGAAAGAAAUACAGCCUCAUUUGCUCGAAAGAUUAUCAACAUCCUUGAAGAAUGAUUGCAUCUCACGAAUCACGCCAACAUCGAGCGUCGACCUAAAAAAUUUUGCUCCCAUCGUUCAAGCAAUCAAUGAUUUUCAGUACUUUUUGGUCAAAAUUGGUUUCAUUACAAGUGACCAACUCUUCUUAUCAGAAUAUACGAUGAAUAUCGACAAGCUGUUUAUAAAAAAAAUUUGCCAGGAUUUAUUGGCAAAAGCGCGUACCAUUAUGAAAAAAGAUUUACAUGAUUGCAUUGUAUACGAGCCACAGGAGCCGCUUGAAUUUCAAGUAGAUACAUAUGAUUUUAAUGAAUUAAAAGCCGAUAAAAAAUUAAGCGAAAACUCGUUUCAGCUUCCUAAAUGUCAAAUAAGCACGAGUGCGAAGGAGACGUUAAAUCUCGCGAGACAUAUCUUAGAGGAAGCUUGUAACAGUUCGGAUUCCUGCACUGUGCAGUUAUUUUAUACUUGUAGAAAUAUUUUUGAAAUGUAUGCAGGAUUAGUACCUGAACAUCACCGAAUUCUUUUAGAAACAGUACCGCAUCAAGUUGCUAUGUUUCAUAACAAUUGCAUGUAUCUUGCGCACCAUCUUCUCACAUUGGGACACGAAUAUAGGGACAAGUUACCAGAAUCCUUGCAUAAUCUUAACUUAACUUUCGCAGAUCAAGUAUUAGUAUUAAGAGAUGUCGGAUCAUCGUGUCUUUUAGAACAUAUGAAAUAUCAAAAAGAUAUUAUUAUUGGUAUUCUUAGUCAUUCUGAUUUGUCUGCAUUGGGUCAAACUUCCGAAUUACAUCCCAAUACUGAACGUGCAAUGAGACAGUGCAUUAGACAGCUGGAAUUAUUAAAAACAGUUUGGAUAGAUAUGUUACCUAUGAAUAUUUAUUGCAGAGCUGUAGGAUGCAUUAUGAAUUCAAUGGUUGAAGACUUAAUAAUCAAAGUGAUAUCUGUUGAAGACAUUCCCGCCGAUGUUGCAACUGAAUUAGUAACAUUGUUUAAUAUGAUUGUUAAGCGUGCACCACAAAUAUUUCCGGAUAAUCAAAAGAUUCAUCAACACGUUAGAAAAUGGGAGAAAUUUUUAGAAUUGAUUCAAGUAUUGGGUGCAUCACUAAAAGAAAUCGAAAUGAGAUGGGAUAAUGGUAAAGGACCACUUGCGCGAGAAUUUACAGCAUCCCAAGUUAAACAGUUAAUUAGAGCAUUGUUUCAAAAUACCGAACGCAGAUCAAAUUUAUUAGCUAGUAUAAAAUAAUAUUAAGCAUAAAAAUAUGUAUAUAAGAAAUAAACGACUUGCAUUUAUUAA